AGCUCCCGUCCGAGGAAGGGAAGUCCCUGUGGGAGCUGGUGCUGGAGCAGUUUGACGACCUCCUGGUGCGCAUCCUGCUGCUGGCCGCCCUGGUCUCCUUCGUCCUGGCCUGGUUCGAGGAGGGCGAGGAGACCACGACCGCCUUCGUGGAGCCGCUGGUCAUCAUGCUGAUCCUCGUGGCCAAUGCAGUCGUGGGUGUGUGGCAGGAACGCAAUGCCGAGAGCGCCAUCGAGGCCUUGAAGGAGUAUGAGCCUGAGAUGGGCAAGGUGAUCCGCUCGGACCGCAAGGGUGUGCAGAGGAUCCGGGCCCGGGACAUCGUCCCUGGAGACAUUGUGGAAGUGGCAGUGGGAGACAAAGUGCCCGCCGACCUCCGUCUCGUGGAGAUCAAGUCCACCACGCUGAGAGUGGACCAGUCCAUCCUGACAGGUGAAUCUGUGUCUGUGACCAAGCAUACAGACCCCAUCCCAGACCCCAGAGCUGUGAACCAGGACAAGAAGAACAUGCUGUUUUCUGGCACGAAUAUUGCAUCAGGCAAGGCAGUGGGUGUGGCAGUGGCCACGGGCCUGCACACGGAACUGGGCAAGAUCCGGAGCCAGAUGGCGGCGGUGGAGCCCGAGCGCACGCCGCUGCAGCGCAAGCUGGACGAGUUUAGCCGGCAGCUGUCCCACGCCAUCUCCGUGAUCUGCGUGGCCGUGUGGAUCAUCAACAUCGGCCACUUUGCCGACCCGGCCCAUGGCGGCUCCUGGCUCCGCGGAGCUGUCUACUACUUCAAGAUCGCCGUGGCCCUGGCUGUGGCUGCCAUCCCCGAAGGCCUUCCGGCUGUCAUCACUACAUGCCUGGCGCUGGGCACGCGGCGCAUGGCACGCAAGAAUGCCAUCGUGCGGAGCCUGCCCUCUGUGGAGACCCUGGGCUGCACCUCGGUCAUCUGCUCUGACAAGACAGGCACGCUCACCACCAACCAGAUGUCUGUCUGCCGGAUGUUCGUGGUAGCCGAGGCCGAUGCAGGCUCCUGCCGUUUACACGAGUUCACCAUCUCGGGAACCACAUAUACUCCAGAGGGCGAAGUGCGGCAGGGGGAGCGGCUUGUGCGCUGCGGGCAGUUCGAUGGGCUGGUGGAGCUGGCCACCAUCUGUGCCAUGUGCAACGACUCAGCGCUGGACUACAACGAGGCCAAGGGCGUGUAUGAGAAGGUGGGAGAGGCCACAGAGACGGCUCUGACCUGCCUGGUGGAGAAGAUGAACGUGUUCGACACUGACCUGCAGGCUCUGUCCCGAGUGGAGCGAGCUGGUGCCUGCAAUGCCGUCAUCAAGCAGCUGAUGCGGAAGGAGUUCACCCUCGAGUUCUCCCGGGACCGGAAGUCUAUGUCAGUGUACUGCACGCCCACCCGCUCUAACCCUGCAACCCAGGGCAGCAAGAUGUUUGUGAAGGGGGCUCCUGAGAGUGUAAUCGAGCGCUGCAGCUCCGUCCGAGUGGGGAGCCGCACAGCACCCCUGAACUCCACCUGCAGGGAGCAAAUCCUGGCAAAGAUCCGGGACUGGGGCUCAGGCUCAGACACACUGCGCUGCCUGGCGCUGGCCACCAGGGAUGCCCCGCCGAGGAAGGAGGACAUGCAGCUGGACGACUGCAGCAAAUUUGCACAGUACGAGACGGACCUGACCUUCGUGGGCUGUGUGGGCAUGCUGGACCCGCCGCGGCCCGAGGUGGCUGCCUGUAUUACUCGCUGCCGCCAGGCAGGCAUCCGGGUGGUUAUGAUCACAGGGGACAACAAAGGCACGGCUGUCGCCAUCUGUCGCCGGCUUGGCAUCUUUGGAGACACGGAGGACGUGGCGGGCAAGGCCUACACAGGCCGCGAAUUCGACGACCUCAGUCCUGAGCAGCAGCGCCAUGCCUGCCGCACCGCCUGCUGUUUCGCCCGGGUGGAGCCCACACACAAGUCCCGCAUCGUGGAGAACCUACAGUCAUUUAACGAGAUAACUGCCAUGACUGGUGAUGGGGUGAACGAUGCACCAGCCCUGAAGAAAGCGGAGAUCGGCAUUGCCAUGGGCUCAGGCACAGCCGUGGCCAAGUCGGCGGCAGAGAUGGUGCUGUCAGAUGACAACUUUGCCUCCAUCGUGGCUGCGGUGGAAGAGGGCCGGGCCAUCUACAGCAACAUGAAGCAGUUCAUCCGCUACCUCAUCUCCUCCAACGUCGGCGAGGUCGUCUGCAUCUUCCUCACGGCAAUUCUGGGCCUGCCCGAAGCCCUGAUCCCCGUGCAGCUGCUCUGGGUGAACCUGGUGACAGAUGGCCUCCCGGCCACGGCCCUAGGCUUCAACCCACCAGAUCUGGACAUCAUGGAGAAGCUGCCCCGGAACCCUCACGAAGCCCUCAUCAGUGGCUGGCUCUUCUUCCGAUAUCUGGCUAUUGGAGUGUAUGUAGGCCUGGCCACAGUAGCUGCUGCCACCUGGUGGUUCCUGUAUGACGCCGAGGGACCUCAUGUGACCUUCUACCAGCUGAGGAACUUCCUGAAAUGCUCCGAAGACAACCCGCUCUUCGCCGGCAUUGACUGCGAGGUCUUCGAGUCACGCUUCCCCACGACCAUGGCCUUGUCUGUGCUCGUGACCAUCGAAAUGUGCAAUGCCCUCAACAGCGUCUCCGAGAACCAGUCGCUGCUGCGGAUGCCGCCCUGGCUGAACCCCUGGCUGCUGGCGGCUGUGGCCGUGUCCAUGGCCCUGCACUUCCUCAUCCUGCUCGUGCCACCCCUGCCCCUCAUUUUCCAGGUGACCCCUCUAAGUGGGCGCCAGUGGGUGGUGGUGCUCCAGAUAUCUCUGCCUGUCAUCCUGCUUGACGAGGCCCUCAAGUACCUGUCCCGACAUCAUGUGGAGGCCUGUCUUUAUGCAGGCAUUCUCAAGACAGUCCUGCAGGUCCGGAGUAGGCGGCUGCUGACCACCUCCCAGACCCCGGACCACACCGGAAGGAAAGCAGCAGAAGUGAGAGCUGGGGACAGAGUGGAGACUCCAGCGUGUACCUCAGGUUGACAGUGCCCAGAUGUUUGCUCCCCACUCCCCACCCUCCCAACACGCUCACCCGCUUGCCCACUGGGCCCUGCUGGACACACAGCAGGCCUGAGGCCAGAGCGGCCACCUCCGGGCCCGUGCCCAUCUGACCUGGAGCUCUAAUUCCUGUCUCCUGAACUCCUCUGGAAAGCUCCCUGCUGAAGCUCCGGUCCAAGGACUGAAGCCAGGAAAGCAACCACUGAGACGCCAGAGACCCAGAGCCUUGGCCUCCGAAUCUGAAUCCACGAGGGCGCUCUGGAGCCUGCUCCCCCUUGCCUGGAGGCUGGGCAUUUACGUGGUGACAGAGGACUCCCAAGGCCCUUCUGACGGGCUCUGACCUCUCACUCAGUGCCUAAUCUAGGGCCUGGUUGGCCUCAGGGAGGCGGGGAGGUCAGCUGGGGGCCAUCUGGGCCCAGCUGUGCACAGUAAGGGUGGGCAGCCCCCUCCACUCUGCUUCCAUGAAGUCAGCUCCAGCUCUGCUCGUGAGAGUCGGAGCCUGUUUGUUUAUAUAUGCAGGCCCCAGGGGGUUAAAGGGUCAGGAGAGGAACAGGGAGGAGGGGCUAGGAAGGACCCCCUUUCCCAGGAGACAGCCCUAUUUGCCCGCCUCCGCUCGGCUCACUUCCAGGUCUCAGGUUCCCCAGUCCUAAAUGAGACCCGUGAGUCUUGAUGUUGCUUGGUCUGCCAAGCAGGCGUUGGAUUUGCCAUCCACGUCCCUGAUGUCCGAGACCCCAGACAUCCUUGGGCCCCCACGCGCUGUGCCCUUCCACCCAGCCCAGAGUGCGGCCACCCUGGUAUCUGCACAGCUGGCCGAUUCUGAGGCCAGGACUCUCAGCCACACUUUUUGCCUAACCGCCCCACCACGCACACACGUGAGCCAAAGGGUGUUGCCAAGGAUGGCUAAUUACCCAAGGCACUUCCUGUCCCUCCCUCCUCGCUGGAGGGCGGCCUCUCCAGUGGAUCAUGUCAGAUGAUAGGGAAACAUUUGAUGGAUGGGAUUUUUCUCUUAACUCAGCUUUUGCUUCUGUAGCAAAAACCAGCUAGGUGUAGCGGAACAGUGAGUAAAUGAGUGUGGGUGUGUCUCCACCCCUCCUAGAGAGCACAAAGUGAUUGUUUUAAAUGGAAAUCCAGACUCUCACCCCUGUCCCGGCCCCAGAAUGGAAAGCCCCCUCAUCCUGCCUUGCAGGUAGAUGAAUUCCAUCUGACCUGGGGCUCCCCAGCCCUUCUUCCCUCCCAACUUGCAGGUCUGGAGGGGCCGGUGGGAAACAGAGUUGGGAGGGCAGAGGGUUAGAGGGGAGUUCUGGUGCCUGGCAGAGGCUCUCUGCUUCUGUCCUGCACGGGGAGGGGUGGGGCGGGGACUCUGAGCAGGGGCAGGGCCCUGUACUCACCUGCUGACCUGCUGUUUGGUAGAGAAAUAAAGGUUGUGUGCCUUGGGCAAGGGA